CCCAGCAAAAGGAUAGGGAUAGGAUGUGCUUUAAUGCAAGAUGUGGUCGUAAUCUGAGAUGCGACAUGCGAAUAGCAAAAAAUCGAACGUCAAAUGCAGCAAUUCCAUUUAACAUAUGUGAGGCAGAAAGAGUGGCUAUGCGAGACGAAAGAUAAAAGGAACAGGAAAAAGCAGAAAAUGUCUAUCCGCAGGUCCCGUUCCAGGUCGUAUCGUAAUAAUUCAAUUUCAUAAAAUAAUAGCAUGUGGCUUAAUGACCCAAUUGAUUAUUGUUUAUGUUCAUGGUCGAAGAAUGUCUCUUUUGUAAAUGAUCGAGCCUAAAAAUAAAACUAGCAACGAUGGCUGGAACGCGACAUCAUGUGCGUUAUUGACGUUAUGCUAACGCUACGCAACGUUAGUGAUUGACAUUUGUGACGCAUCACGCUGACUGACGAGUGACGGCAUUUUUGUUCCCGUUUGCUAUCCUUCGGAAAAAAUUCAUGGCUUGGGAAACUUUUCUUUCCUAAAACCAAGGAAAAACUAGUAAAACACGCUAUAAAUAGUUCAAAAAUAACUUAGGCGAAAAUGGAAACCGGGAAAGACGUUCUCAUCGAACGUCAAUCCGCUUCUCGCGAGGCAAGUCCAGCAGAGUCCCACAAAUCAGUACCACGAUCACGUUCUAGGUCGGUGGAACGUAGUCGCUCAAGAAGUCCAAGCGCAGCUGUUACAAAGUCUCGUUCACCGUCGGCCAAUUCGGUCCAUAGUGAAGCAUCGCGAAGCUCGAGUACUGGCUCAGGAAAAGCGAGAUCACGCAGCCCAAAUACGACAGCAGAGCAAAAUAGCACUAAAGAAAGUAUUGAAUUGGAACAAAGUAAAUCUGAUUCCAAAUCUCCGGAGCCCGGACAUAUUACGAAUGGUUUAGGAAUGCGGUCAAAAAGUGGAUCACCGGUUCUACGCAAAAGUCGUAGUCGUAGUGUCGGUUCUAACAGGUCUAAACGAUCCCGUUCGGCAAGUAACGAUAAAAAUGUUCCAUCUCGUCCGAAGUCCAGAUCCAAAUCUCGGUCUAGAUCGAAUAGUAUCGUCAAAUCCAGAUCUAGGUCCCGCUCGAAAACCAAAUCGCGGUCUAGGUCAAAAAGCCCCAUAAUAUCGCGAUCGAAGUCUAAAUCCAGAUCCAAAUCCCAUUCGAAGUCGCGAUCUAAAUCGAGAUCCAGAUCCAAAUCCCAUUCGAUCGCGUCGCGAUCUAAAUCUCGUUCAAAAUCGAGAUCAAGGUCAAAAUCCCGUUCGAAGUCACGUUCAAAAUCGCGAUCCAAAUCUAGAUCCAGGUCAAAGUCCCACGCGAAGUCGCGUUCAAAAUCGCGAUCCAAAUCCCACUCAAAAUCACGGUCUAAGUCCCGUUCGGAAUCGCGUUCGAAGUCACCAUCUAAGUCUCGCUCGAGAUCACCACCUAAAUCUCGUUCAAAGUCGCGGUCCAAGUCUCAUUCAAAAUCACGCUCGAGAUCGCGGUCUAAAUCACCAUCAAAGUCCCGCUCUAGAUCGCGAUCCAAGUCUGGCUCAAGAGUGCGGUCCAAAACCCGGUCACGCUCUAAAUCACCAUCCAAAACUCGCUUAGGGUCUCAUUCGAAAUCUCGAUCGAGAUCACGAUCUAAAAGUAGAUCCAGAUCCCGCUCAAAAUCACGUUCGAGAUCACGAUCCAAAAGCCGAUCUAGAUCAAAAAGCAGAUCGAGAUCCCGCUCAAAAUCGCGAUCGAUGUCGCGGUCAAGUUCCAAGUCAAAAUCGCGCUCCAGAAGUCGAAGUCGUUCGGGAAGUAAGCGUCGCAGUCGCAGUAGGAGCAGCAGAUCCAAGAGUCGUUCAAGGUCACGUUCUCCAUCAGGAUCGAGAUCUAGAAGUCGCUCGAGUGGGCGCAAGAGUCGCAGUCGAAGUAGGAAAUCUGGAUCCAGAUCACGCUCUCGGUCAGGAUCAAAAUCAGAUUCCAGAUCAAAAUCACGAUCUAGAAGUCGCAGUCGCUCAGGAAGUCGAGCAAGUUCGAAACGAAAUCGGAGCCGUAGUCGAAGUUCUGGUAAGUCGCGAAGCCGAUCCAGAUCACGUUCCGGAAAGUCACGUUCAAAAAGUCGCUCGGUAUCACCGUCCAACAAAAAGAAACGUGCUGGUGUCUUGAGUGAUUCAGAAGACGAGGAAGGUGGAGAAGACAAGUCCCCAAAGAAGAGGGCUAAAAUAACAGAUUCUGACCACGAGGGCGAAGAACUGGAGGAAGCAGUAGAGCCUCAAACGGGACCAGAAGCGAAAGAAGACGACACACAGGCAGAUGCCGAUAGGCCUCUUGUUGAUGCUGGAGAUUCAGAUGACGAGGGAGUUCGCAAGGGCGCUGGUGGUGAGUUCAUCUCAGACUUUGAGUUGAUGUUAGCUCGGAAGAAAGAAGAAAAAUCUAAACGACGCAAGCGGAACGAUAUCGACCUUAUUAACGACAAUGACGAUUUAAUUGCCCAACUACUGCAACAAAUGCGUCAAGCGGCCGAGGAUGAUAGACAGUUGAACAAAGAUGGACAACCGGCAACUAAAAAGAUAGCCAUCCUAAAAUAUUCAAUGUCUCAGUUGAUCAAAAAAGAUUUACAGCUAGCAUUUCUCGAGCAUAAUGUGCUUAACGUUCUUACGGACUGGCUGGCUCCGUUGCCAAACAAAUCGUUACCAUGUUUGCAAAUUCGUGAAUCAAUUCUAAAAUUACUGUCCGAUUUUCCCUGCAUUGACAAGUCCUAUCUAAAGCAAUCAGGAAUUGGCAAAGCAGUUAUGUAUUUGUAUAAACACCCGCGGGAGACAAAAUGGAACCGCGAACGUGCCGGUAAAUUGAUUUCCGAAUGGGCUAGGCCGAUUUUCAAUUUGAGCACCGACUUUAAAGCGAUGACUCGCGAGGAACGACAGGCGCGAGAUUUGCAGCAGAUGCCUAAAAAACGUAGAUUGUCACCGGAACCACAGAGUCAAAGUAGCACUAGCAAGAAAGGUCUACCCUUUACUGAAGCCGAAAAGGGUGCUCUACGACCGGGAGAUAAAGGAUGGGUUCAGCGAGCUCGAGUUCCAAUGCCUUCGGAUAAAGAGUACAUUAAUCGACCCAAAUCGACCAGCGAUGUGGAUAUGAGCCAUAUCACUAAGAAGAAGAUGAAUCGAUACGAAAAACAUUUGAAAAAAUUUAUCGAUGCCAAACGUCUGAAAUCCUCUAGGCGAGCGGUUGAAAUUUCUAUUGAAGGCAGGAAGAUGGCACUCUGAAAAGUAGUUUCUGGUGAAAUGUUAGACAAUUCAUAUAACUUUUAAACAGUUUGCAGAAAUGCCAUUUGAACUUCUAGUAACAUUAUCUUCAGACCCAGUCAAAAUGAAUAUUCUAAAUGAUUCAACCAGACAAGGAAUGGAAUUCUGAUGGCUUAAACGGUUUGUUCUUCGUGCUUGUCUAUAUAAACAAGUCUUAGGCUUUUUUUGAAUAUAAAGGCUUGUAACGGAA